AUGGACGCCAAGCCUCAACGUCCUUUAAGGAGUCUUCGGAUCCGCGACGAGAACGCGCAACCGCAGCUUCCUGCCGGCAAGACCAUUCAUCAGCGCAAUAAGUCGACGCCAGCACUAUCCACAUUGGUCAACGUGGCAGCAAUGAAAGCCCAAGGAGCCAAGCGUGCUGUCUUCGCCGAUGUCAGCAACGUGACACGACAAGUGGCCAAGGAUGACAUCCACGUUGGCAAAUCGAAAGAAAACAUCAUCCUCAAGGACACGGCCAUCGUCUCCGCAAAGGAACUUGUCAAGCCGAACGCGUUGUUACGACCUGCGCAACGCCCUUUGAACACGAAGACCAAUGCCACUGUUGCUCCAGAACCUGCAGCGGCCCUCGCCACCAAGCCCACCGUAAUCGAACCAACACAAAACCGCAAGGCAUUGCUCAAGAAGGCGACCACUAUCUUCCGGGAACCACACGUAGACCCAGCCCCCGAGGCUGCUACGACGAAGCCCUUUGCCGAGCUUCCACAUGACACUGUUCGCGUCGAACAGGCACCUGUUCAGCCAAUCACAAAAGAGUGCACGGCUGUGCGGAAACAACAUGAUGGCGCGCCUGUUGACGCCCAGAUACUCGCCGAUGUGCACAACACAACCAAGGUGGAGAGGGAGACGCGACAUGCUCAUGCUCACGUUGAAGUCCAAGAGAGGUACGAGUAUGUCGAUGCUCUAGAGGAGAAAGCCCUUGUCCUGGAGCGAGAACGCAGCGAGGAGCUUGCCAAGCUGCAGGCUACCAACGAGGAAGAGUAUUGGGACGAGGACGAAGAUGAAUACUACGAUGCUGACGGCUACACCACCGGAAGGUCCCUUCCCUCUGGCCGCGACAACACAACUGGAGGCGUUACCCUCGUUUUAGCUCCUCGCAUCACAGCCAAAUCCAAGCGCGAAUUGGAAGCUGCGAAGCUGUUCGUCGAAGCCAAUAAGACCCAAGAAGACAUUGAAGACGAGCAAUGGGAUACAUCCAUGGUUGCCGAAUAUGGUGACGAGAUCUUCGAAUAUAUGCACUCCCUCGAAGAGCGUAUGAAGCCGAAUGCUCAGUACAUGGAUUUGCAGGCUGAGAUCCAAUGGUCGAUGCGUUCAGUCCUCAUGGACUGGAUGGUGCAAGUUCACAAUCGCUUCACGCUCCUCCCAGAGACCUUGUUCCUCGCUGUCAAUUACGUGGACCGCUUCCUAUCCGCAAAAGUUGUCUCGCUAGGCAAACUACAACUAGUCGGAGCGACUGCCCUCUUCCUUGCUGCAAAAUACGAAGAAAUCAACUGCCCUUCGGUGCAAGAGAUUGUGUAUAUGGUUGAUGGCGCCUACACCAUUGAUGAAGUCCUCAAGGCUGAGCGAUUCAUGCUUAGCAUGCUUCAAUUCGAGCUGGGCUGGCCAGGGCCAAUGAGCUUCCUCCGACGAGUCAGCAAGGCUGACGACUAUGAUGUGGAGACUCGUACGCUUGCCAAAUACUUCCUCGAGAUUACCAUAAUGGAUGAGCGAUUUGUUGGAUGCACCCCGAGCUUCCUUGCAGCUGGUGCUCACUGCUUGGCCCGUUCCAUGUUGAAGAAGGGUGACUGGCUUCGCUCGUUGUUGUCUGUCAUGCUUGAGUGCUGCGAGAACCCACAGAAGCAUCACGCCGCCGUCUACGACAAGUACACGGAUAAGCGAUACAAGCGCGCCUCUGUCUUUGUCGGGACCGAGCUCAACAAGGGCUUCCAACUUCCUUUCGCGUCUAGGGACAGCCUUGCCGGCCAUAGCCAGAGUUGGAGGCGAAAGUGA